CGGCGUUACGAAAAUAGAGGUAUGAAAGUUCUUGCCAGUAACCAUCGACUGCAAGCAAGUCACUGCAGAUUACCAGUCAUCACUCUUAUUUCACUCACUGCAGAUGCGCUAGCGAUCCACACGAAAGGCUCGUAGAGGACACUCAGACGAAUCAUGUUUGGCUCAGUGGUUGUGGGUAUAGGCAUCGCAGGAUGUGUAAGAAUGCGAGAUUUACUGGCUCCUUUACCAUCAAGUGCUGCAGAAAAGCUCACCAUCAAAGGAUUUGUCUCCAGGAGGAGCCUUGAAGAGCAGCAGGGAGUGAAACAGAUCUCCAUGACAGAGGCAUUAAACAGAGAAGACAUCCAGGUGGCUUUUAUAUGCACAGAAAACAAGAACCAUGAAGAGCACAUCAGACAGUUCUUGGAGGCAGGAAAGCAUGUGUGCAUUGAGUAUCCCAUGACUCUUAGCUACACAUCUGCAGUGGAGCUGUGGAACCUGGCUCAACAGAAGGGCUUAGUGCUACAUGAAGAACAUAUUGAACUCUUCACCCCUGAUUUUAAACAGCUGAAAAAAGACAUCGCUGGAAAGAUAUUAGAGGAAGGAACUCUGCACUUCACAGGUGGUCCCCUGAAGCCAGAUUUCGGGUUCUUGGCUUUCAGUGGCAUUGCCAGAUUGACCUGGUUGGCUGAUCUUUUCGGAGAGCUCACAGUUACUGCAGCAUCUUUGGUGGAUGAGAAAGAGAAAAAAUACACGAAGAUGACGGCACACUUCCUAACCCAACAGCAGAAACCCCUUACAUGGAUCGAAGAACGGGGUCCAGGACUGGGCAGAGCCAAGCACAUAAACUUUCGCUUUCUGGAUUGCACCAUUACAGAGCUCCCAGCUGGUCAGAGAGAGCCAGUGGGGCUGUUCAUGCAGGAUCUGGUGCUGUUUGGCAGGAAGCUGCAGGGAGAGGUGCCCGCUGUGGAGCUCCAUACGGAGAAGAAGAGGAUCCUGCACUGUCUGGAGCUGGCAGACCGGAUUCGCCAGCUCAGUGAAAACACUCAGGCCUGAACCUGUGCAGACAAACGGCCUUAUCUGCAUGUUCACAAAUUACCUAUUAUGGGCAUGAGCCAUUGUUCAGCUGAAGGUUUCUGUUGUUCCCAGUUGCCCCAUAUGGAGUUGUUGGGAACUGGAGUGUAACAAAUAUUUGUUUGUGUUAAAGGGAUAGUUCAUCCAAAAAUGAAAGUUCAGUCAUUAUGUACUCACCCUCAUGUUGCUCAAACCCUGCGUCUGUCCAUACAAUAAAAGUGGAUGGUGGCUGUUAAGCUCUAAAAAGGAUAAAAAUACCCAUAAAAGUGUGACAGAAAAUUUGUGAUUUAAAUUCUUAACGAUACUGCCAUAUAAAUUCAAAAUGCGGUAAAUAUGGCAACUGUGAAAGAAAUUGUAUAUUUGGUAUUUACUGCAGUUUUCACUGUUUUCUCUGAAUCUGAGCAUAACUGAGCCAAACCCGUCUGUCACAGGACAGAUAGUCUAAGAAACCUAAUAGUCAAGUUUUGACAAAAGAUGUAGUCGCUGUUUUGGCUUUGCAUGACUGGAUAAUUAUUUGUCAUUUUUUAAGCUUGACAGCCAAUGGUCACCAUCUACCUUCAUUGUAUAGAAGAGAGCAGCUUGGACAUUCAGCUAGAUAACUCCUUGUCCAUUCCACGGGACAAGAAAAUUCUAAAGGUUUGCAGCGACAUCGUGAGAGUAGAUAAUUACAACACUUUUGUUUGCAGAACUAUUUUAGAUUAUUUGAGGCUUACAGAUAUCAAUGAUUAAAAGACGAUUUUGAUUAAUUUUAUCAGCGUAAAAUUGAAGUUUUAAGUCCGAUUUGGAAAUUGAAAAAAUCUUUUGAGUAUAACUAGUAAAUCUGACUAGCUACAGUAUAUCAGAAUAUGCAGUAAGAGCACAUUCCUUAUUUGUAAGUGUGAUUUGAAGUUGUAGUGUUAUUGAUUAACAUUACACAGCUAAUUAGUUACAAAUCAACUGAAAGUCAAUGACGUGCAUAUAUCAUGGUCUACAUACAGUCAUGAGGAAGGUUCACACUUUUUUCUAACCAGUUUACGUGUCUUCAUGGUUUCAUGUUUGUGCUUGGUGUAUUGUUUUUAUUACAUAAUGUAAACUGUGCAUGCUUUUUUCUGCAUCUCAAAUGUCUGUGCUCAAAAUCUUAGAGUAAAUUUCACAAAGUGUCCAGGUUAUGUUUCACCCCCAAGUUUAUUCAAACAUUAUUUGCACUAAUAAAAAAAAUGAAGCCCAUUUUA